CAAUUAAAGUCUUACACCCUUCACCGUCCAUUACCGAAGCUCUAGAGAGAAGAAGAAGAAUAAGAGAAGAAGAGGAGAGAGAAGAUCUCUCCAGAGAAUUCUCAGCCAUGGAAUCAAGAAUUUCUGCCUCUCUAGGGCUUCCGUCACCGGACCCAAACAACCACAACCCAAACUCAAUUCACUUUCCCAAUCUCUUCACCCAUUUCGCCGCCAUUAACACCCAAUCCCCCAAGCUUUUCGACUCACUUCCAUUCGCCUCCGCCUCAUCCGCCGCACCCAGAUCUCAAAAUUGGUUCAAACCCACCACCAAAAACAGCCCCAGAGUCCAAUCCCUAAUGAAGAGCCUCACCGUCUUCGAGCGUGCCGUAAUAGGCGCCGGCGCCGGCGGCAUUGCCGGCGCAUUCACCUACGUCUGCCUUCUCCCACUCGACACAAUCAAAACAAAGCUCCAGACACGAGGUGCCUCCGAAAUGUACAAGAACGCUUUCGACGCCGUCGUUAAAACUUUUCAAAGCAAAGGGGUUUUGGGUUUCUACAGCGGAAUCUCCGCCGUGAUCGUCGGCUCAACAGCUUCUUCGGCGGUCUAUUUCGGUACCUGCGAGUUCGGAAAAUCGUUCCUCUCCAAAUUCCCUAAAUACCCUUCUGUCCUUAUUCCUCCGACGGCCGGUGCCAUGGGCAAUAUCGUCUCUUCAGCUAUAAUGGUCCCCAAAGAGCUAAUUACUCAGCAAAUGCAAGCCGGAGCAAAAGGCCGGUCUUGGCAAGUUCUAUUGAGGAUAAUCGAAAACGACGGCGUUUUGGGUCUCUACGCAGGGUACUCUGCCACAUUGCUGAGGAAUUUGCCUGCUGGGGUUCUUAGCUACUCUUCCUUCGAGUAUCUUAAAGCUGCAGUCUUGAACAAGACGAAUCAGACCAAUUUGGAGCCUUUUCAGAGCGUGUUUUGUGGGGCUCUUGCCGGAGCAAUCUCGGCUUCGAUUACGACUCCGCUUGAUGUGGUUAAAACUAGGCUAAUGACCCAAGUCCGAGUUGGGGGAGCACCUAAGGUGGCUUCUGCAGCUAUGUACAAUGGGUUCUCAAAUACAGUGAAGCAGAUUUUAAUGGAGGAAGGUUGGGUUGGGUUCACCAGAGGAAUGGGGCCAAGGGUUCUUCACAGUGCUUGUUUUUCAGCAUUGGGUUACUUUGCUUUUGAGACUGCUAGGCUUACUUUGCUGAAUCAGUAUGUAAAACAGAAGGAACUACAAGAGUUGGCUUUUGAGGCUUCUCCCUCCAGUUAAGUUGUUCUUGCUUUGAAAAAAAAAAAUGCAUUUUUAAUCUUUCUUUUUUUGGUUGUUGUGAGUUUUAGAUUCAUAGAGAUUGGUGUAUAAAUAUUGAGAAAAUGGUCUCAAAUAAUUGUCAUUUUAGUGGGAUUUAGUCUGCAAAUUUUGUAUAAGAUACUAAUGCAAAAUCAUGGCUACUGGUAGCUCAUAUGAUAUGAUCAAUAUGUAUGUAAUUUUUCCCAUGUUUUCUAUGGAUAAUAAUAAGGCUGUUCUAAUUA